CAAAAUCCCAACAAUACAUCUCUCUCACUAAAUUUGCGUACAUUUUCUUUCUUUCUCCCUCCCCCUCCUCCAACCGCGUGAAUUUCAAACGCCAUGAACACCGUCGCUACUGCUGCUGCCUUGUCUCUUCCGAUAUCUCUUUUUAGACCAGCAAAGACUAACUCUAAGAAGGGCGUUCGAGGAGGAUUCAGGGUGUUUGCUGUAUUUGGGGAGGAAGGUGGCUUAGUAGAUAAGAAGAACGGAUGGAGCACACUCUUCGAUGUUGAGGACCCAAGGUCUAAAGUCCCUCAAUGUAAAGGAAAGUUUCUGGAUGUGAACCAAGCUCUUGAAGUAGCUAGAUAUGAUAUUCAGUACUGUGAUUGGAAGGCUCGACAAGAUGUGCUCACAAUUAUGCUACUCCAUGAAAAGGUUGUUGAAGUUCUAAAUCCUCUGGCACGUGAAUACAAGUCAAUUGGCACAAUGAAGAAAGAGCUUGCAGAAUUGCAAGAGGAACUAUCACAAGCUCAUAAUCAGGUUCAUAUAUCUGAAGCAAGGGUUGCCACUGCUCUAGAGAAACUAGCUCACAUGGAAGCAUUGGUUAAUGAUAGGCUAUUACAAGACAGAAACACCUCAGAAUCUGAUCAAACAUGCUCUUCUCCUAGUACUUCUACAGAGUCUCUGGGUACCCUGAAGGGAAAGUUGCCCCAGAAAAGCUUGAAUGUCUCAGGUCCAGUUCAAUCUUAUCACCCCCGAUUGAAAAAUUUCUGGUACCCAGUUGCUUUCUCCUCUGAUCUCAAGGAUGAUACUAUGAUUCCAAUUGAAUGCUUUGAGGAACCAUGGGUUAUCUUUCGUGGCAAAGAUGGGAAACCUGGUUGUGUUCAGAAUACAUGUGCACAUAGAGCCUGCCCUCUUCACCUUGGUUCAGUAAAUGACGGUCGCAUCCAGUGUCCAUACCAUGGGUGGGAAUACACUACAGAUGGAAAAUGUGAGAAAAUGCCAUCUACAAGAUUGCUAAAUGUGAAGAUAAAAUCAGUGCCAUGUUUUGAGCAAGAGGGAAUGAUAUGGAUUUGGCCUGGUGAUGAUCCUCCAACAGCCACUCUUCCUUCUUUAUUGCCUCCUUCAGGAUUUGAAAUCCAUGCUGAGAUUGUUAUGGAACUUCCUAUUGAACACGGGCUACUUCUGGAUAACCUUUUAGAUCUAGCUCAUGCUCCAUUUACCCACACGUCUACAUUUGCCAAGGGAUGGAGUGUUCCCAGCUUGGUGAAGUUUUUGACACCUGCAUCUGGCCUCCAAGGAUACUGGGACCCUUAUCCAAUAGAUAUGGAAUUUCGUCCUCCAUGUAUGGUGCUAUCAACUAUAGGGAUCUCAAAACCUGGAAAACUGGAAGGGCAGAGUACCAGACAGUGUUCGACACAUCUUCAUCAACUUCACGUCUGCUUACCUUCAUCAACAAAGAAAACAAGGUUGUUAUAUAGAAUGUCAUUAGACUUUGCUCCUGUCUUGAAGCACAUCCCUUUCAUUCAAUACGUGUGGAGGCAUUUUGCAAAACAGGUGUUGAAUGAGGAUCUGAGACUUGUCAUUGGGCAGCAAGAGCGAAUGAUCAAUGGGGCAAACAUUUGGAAUCUGCCCGUAGGCUAUGAUAAACUAGGGGUAAGGUACAGAUUGUGGAGGGAUGCUUUGGAGCGAGGUGCGAAGAAAUUACCCUUCAGCAAACCAAUGUAAAUUGAAAUUUUACGAUUCAUAGGCUAUCUUAAGAUGCUCAAGUGCAACCGAACUCUAGUCUCAACUGCACUCUCAGGCAUACUUGCAAAUAAACCACCACACCUCAGUAGCUCUCAGCUUUGUGCAGUUUGGAUUGGAUUAGUGCUCUCGGAGAAUUACCCAGUAGACACCCCGGAAAUUGUGAAUUUUUCUGAGGCAGAGAAGUGAUGAUCUCCACAUAAGAAGCCCUUGUUUUUAUUGUUUUGUGUACAGUGCAAAAUUUUCUUUUUGUAAUUUAUUUUCUUGGCUGAUGCAGUGAGGGUCUUUGGUCUCUGUUUUAUGAUAUGCAUCAUUUACAUUAUGUUCAAUCAAAAUCCAGGAUUUGCUACAAAA